CCGUAUGCGAAACAUCUGUCAGAUUUUGGUACCAAAAAACUGUAGCAUGAGGCCAGCGAUUACUACUAAAAGUAUCCCAUCUGGUUGAUGUGAGUCCAUAUGCAAACUCACAACCUCAUACCUUCUUUCUCUCCUCUUCUCUUUGCCUUCCUUAUUCAUAUUUCCUUCCUCUCCAAAUGGCCCAGCAGAAGGUGGUGUUGAAGGUCCUGACCAUGACCGAUGACAAAACAAAGCAGAAAGCGAUAGAAGCUGCGGCCGAUAUAUAUGGGGUUGAUUCAAUUGCGGCAGAUCUGAAGGAGCAGAAGUUGACAGUGAUAGGACAAAUGGAUACGGUGGCGAUAGUGAAGAAGUUGAAGAAAGUAGGGAAAGUGGACAUAGUAUCAGUUGGGCCUGCCAAAGAAGAGAAGAAGGAAGAGAAGAAGGAAGAGAAGAAAGAGGAGAAGAAAGAGGAGAAGAAAGAAGAGAAGAAGGAAGAGAAGAAGGAAGAGAAGAAAGAGGAAAAGAAAUAAGGAGAAGAUCAUAAAGUUCAAUCAAUCCUAGCUACUUACUAGUUCUUGUUAAUUUUCGUUAUAUAUAUAUAUAUAUAUAUAUAUAUUCAGUAUGUGUAGAGGAUUGCUUGUAAUAAGCUUUAAUGAAAAUUUUCCCAUGAAGAAACUUUUCAAUUACAAAAGCUAGCUCGCUCAUGGGACAAUUGGUUCAUGGGGGUUGUUUU